GAACCGUUACUUUUGGAACGCGCAAAUCCGAAUCUUCAUUGAGUGUUGGGAAUGAGUUUGAGGCGUUUUAAUAAAAUCCAUUUCUACCUUACCUUCCCUAUUGAUACCGACACUCGGAAUUGUUCUUUUUUUUUUCUAUUUCGACGUAAUACGUCGCACACUCGCGCCUUUUGCUACGUUGACAAGCUAAAACUGAUUUCUUAUCGUAUCCUAAUGAAGCUCUUUACAGACUCACUGAUCUGUCAAUGAUAUACAAGCUAUAUAACUGCACAAAUACGUAAAUCUCUGUUGGUUCGUUCGGAGUUUGGAAAAGCGAUUUGAUGCAAUUAGGCCAGCGGUUCCCAAACUGUGUGCCACGUCAUAUUCAUGUUCUAUGAGAGGUUUAAUCAAACCUAUUUGCAAAUGUAACCAAGAAAACUUGAGAAGUUUUGUGGAAAAUCAAAAGAAUGACGGAAUCCCAUUUGUUCCUGAACUUGCACUGGAUUUUGCAAAACAGUUAUUCACUGGAAUACAAUACAUUCAUGAUAAACUUGUGGUGCAAAAAGACCUUAAGCCGGACAAUGUGUUUUUAUCCCGCGAUCAGAAAGUCAUUAAAAUUGGUGAUUUUGGCAUAAGCGAAGUUAUCGAGUCAAAGACUCAAACAGUUUACACCAGAAAAGGCCUCGGUACUGACGGUUACAGACCCCCUGAAUCAUUUGUACCUGGAUUUCCAACUUUUUACAAAAAACUGACAUUUAUUCACUGGCUAUCAUUGUUUACUAUGUUUGGAGUGAUGGCGAACAUCCCUUCGGCGAUGAAAGAGACUUAUGGAAUCAUUUCAUGAAAAACCACAAAAACCUGAACCUGGAUGGACUUUUAGUUCCAGAUGCAGAAGUUGCAAAAGAUUUACUGGAAUGGAUGCUGCAGCUUGUUCCUCGUAAACGUCCAAUGAUAAACGAGGUUCUUUCCCAUAAGUAUAUGGCUCCACCGAAUGUAAAAGGUUUACUAUUCCGAGAUAUACAGGAAGAAUCUGCACAUUGCAGCUUACAAAGCUCUUUAACAAUCAUGCAUGAUGAACUUCUUCUUCCACAUUUUGAAAAUGGAACUUUCAAAUCAGAUUUUUCAACAAAAAAAGAAAACUGAAAGUCUUUCUUCACAAGUUGCAAUUUCAUCAUUAAAGCUUGUUAAUAAUUUCCACUUUCUAAAAUGUCUUGAAGCAGAAAAAGAAAUCAGUAAUGCAGCUUUGACCUCGAAAUAUCGCCAGCAUUUAACUGAUGACAUCUGGUGGUUUACAGACAAAUUGAUUGAUGACAAUUUUCAUUUCAAAGUUUAUGAAGGCCAACUGAAACUUUCUAAUUCAGUUGCAAAACCUUUAGAAAUAUGGGUGUUUUCCAACUGGAAUGAAGACUUACUUCACAAAACGAAAGUUCUUCAGCAACAUCCACAUCCAAAUGUACUCUCUGUCUUUGCUAGUGGUUUGUUAAAAGAAAGAAAUAAACAUUUUGUUGUCACUGAAAGAUGCCAGUUUCUAACUCUUGAGACAUAUUACGAAGAGAGGAAACAAAAUAAAUUUCCUUUUGAUCCUAGACUUGCUCUCGUACAAGCAAAACAGUUAGUUAGUGGUCUACAACAUUUGCAUAAACAUAAUAUUGCUCAUGGAACAUGGAAGUGGUGUAUUCAGUUUUCACUUGACAUGCAAAACGUGAAAAUUAGUCUUUAUAACGUUAGCAUGUUUUCCUCCGUAUCUUUUCCAAAAGUUAGCACUGAAAGUGAUAUAAAUAUGCUGGGUAAUAUCUUGUAUAGAUUAUGGUCUAACAACCUUAACACAUAUAGGUCAUUUAAAUAUGUUACGCAAGAUAAUGAUCGUGGUGAUUUACUGAUUCCCAAUCCUCACUUAGCCAGUGAUUUGCUUAAAAAAAUGACUCACGAUGAUAAAAAUCGUCGACCAACAAUUCAGCAGGUUGUUGAUCAUGAAUUCUGGAAAAGUAUCAACGUUUAG